GAAAGCCAAGAGCCCUCAUCAUACGGCGUUGGUGGUGUUUACGGUCAACAAGCGUGGGCUUAGUCAGCUGUUGGUGGCCACACGAGAGCCUUCAUACUUUUCACCCUCCGCUCAGAUACCACUUCAUAAAGAUAUGGUGGUUAAUUGCAUAGAGAUAGAUGAUGCACUGGAGUUGUACUACCUGUCACCAUCCUAUAUUAUCGAGUUCUGCCUUGGUUUCCCUGGCAACCUGUUGGUUGUACUUGGCUACGUGUUUUGUCUGCCGCAGUGGCAGAGCAUCAAUAUCUAUCUUUUCAGCCUGGCUGUGUCUGAUCUUCUCUUCCUCUGCACAUUGCCACGCCUCUCCUACCUGUAUGCAAACAAGCAGUCAGAAACAAAUCCUUAUGCUUGCAUAAUAAACCGGUACCUUCUGCAUGUCAACCUCUACUCCUCCAUCCUCUUCAUGGUCUGGGUCAGUGUUGAUCGCUUCCUGCUCAUCAAACACCCAAUGAGAGACCACUUCCUGCUGAAACCACGCGCGGCAUUGGUGGUGACCGGACUGAGCGAGCUAGCAGUCAACAUACUGGUGGCCCCGAUGGUAGUUCUGAUGGUUCAGGACCUGCAGAGGGGAAACUGGAGUCGCUGCAAGGACUUUGCUAGCCUAGACGGAGACAUCGAUAUACUAAGUUACAGCCUUGGUUUAACUCUGAUCGGCUACAUCCUCCCUCUGCUGGGACUUUGUCUUGCCUCGUACCAGAUCGCACAUCUCUUACAUGCCCAGGAGCAGGCUCUUCAGCGCAGGACCACUUCCUACACGCGGCCACUUAGGGUUACCAAGGCAGCAGCUGCUAUGUUUUUGGUUCUCUACACCCCCUACCAUGUGAUGAGGAACGUGAGGAUAGCAUCUGACUAUCCCGGGGCAGGGCUGCAGCAGUGUGCUCAGAUGUACAUUGAGGGGCUGUACAUCAUAACGCGACCGAUUGCAUUUUUCCACAGUGUUAUCAACCCCGUCUUCUACUUCCUGAUGGGUGACCGCUUCAGAGAGCUCCUAUUGGCUAAAGUCAGAGGGUUGGUACGGAAGACUGGACUACUGAGGAACCCAGUGUGACGCUUUUAACAUGCAUACAUAUGCUCGCACAUGCACACACACACUCACACACACUCCUAAAGCACUCCUAAAACAUGCAGACACAGUGAUACACAGUGAUUCACACCUUCACACGUACCGACGCAAACACUUCAACUCUGUCCCUAUGAAUUAUUUAUGUAUUAUUUCUCAGGAAACUAGCUUCCAUGUAUUGUAUGAUUUAUCAUCCUUUUUUACAAAAUCAUUGUACCGCUGUAUUCAUAAAACAACUGCAAUAAAUUUGGGAAUUAUUACUUCGAUCAUUAA